AUGUUCGGAAAUACUAACACUUCUGGAUCAUUUUGGAAUACUAAUAAUCAGCAAAAUACAAAUUUAUCCAACUCUUUUUCAUCGCUAACUAAUUCAGAACAAAAACCCAAUUAUUCCUUCGGAUCUUUUGGCUUGAACAACUCGAACGCCACUCAAAGUGCUAAUUUACAAAAUAAUAGUUUCAUGAAUUCUGGGUCAAACAGUUUAUUUGGGUCUAACCAGCCCUCUCUUUUUGGCCAGAGUACGACUAUGGGUGGUUCAACUUUGUUUGGAAACACCGGUCAAUCGAACUCCUUCUUUGGAAGUAACAUGAAUAAUACUACACAGCCCCUAGGCUCUUCUAAUUCUAGUGUUUUUGGAACCUCUUUAUUUGGGUCUGAUAAUAAACAAACUGGGAGUUUUUAUCAAAGCAAUACAGGACAAAACCAAGCCGGCUUUAACCAAAUUACUGGAAACGAAACCGCAGAUCCAAAAAAUUUCGACGGUUCCACCAUUGUAAAUGUAGCUUACGAAACAAAUAAUAGUCCUGACGAGUAUAGAUGGGAGUAUUAUAGGAAAAAUGACCCUUCUUUGGGUGGUUUAGGUUCUGGAUUUUCAAACACUACAGGAACUGGAUUGUUUGGUAGUAAUACUGGGCUAGGUUCUACAACUUCGACCGGCCUAUUCGGUAGUAAUACAGGUUUGGGUUCCACAACAGGAACUGGGCUUUUCGGUUCAACCAAUACGGGUUUGGGAUCAACAACUGGUACAGGAUUAUUUGGUAGUACCACUCAAACUAGUACUGGAACAGGUCUCUUUGGAUCAAACACUGGAUUAAAUACUAAUACCGGGACUGGUUUGUUUGGUUCUACAACUGGACUAGGAACUAAUACAGGACUAGGAUCAACAACUGGGACAGGUUUAUUCGGCAGUACCACUGGAACCACUGGAACUGGGACCGGGCUUUUUGGAUCUACAAACACAGGUUUAGGAUCAACAACGUCCACCGGACUAUUCGGUAGUACUACACAAACAGGUACUGGAACUGGACUUUUCGGUUCUACCAACACCGGUUUGGGAUCAACAACCGGCACUGGUCUAUUUGGUAGUACCACUACUGGAUUAGGAUCAACUACAGGAACCACUGGUACAGGUUUAUUUGGUAGUACUACUGGAACUGGCCUAGGUUCUACAACACAAACCGGAACUACAGGAACUGGUUUAUUCGGGUCUACUACAACUGGUACAACGGGUUCUGGACUAUUUGGUUCCACUAAUACUUUUGGCAGUACUACACAAGGGCUCGGCUCCACAACUGGUACCACGGGCACAGGCUUAUUUGGUAGUACCACAACUGGACUAGGCUCAACAACUGGGACUACCGGAACUGGAUUAUUUGGUAGUACCACUGGAACCACUGCGACAACUGGAACAGGAACUGGUCUAUUUGGUAGCUCAAACACGGGACUAAACACCAACACUGGUACAGGACUAUUUGGUAGUACUACAACUGGUCUGGGAUCAACUACUGGACUAAAUACCACCUCCAGUAAUACUGGAACUGGGCUUUUUGGAUCAACCAAUACAGGGUUAGGAACAACGUCUGGCACCGGAUUAUUCGGCACCACCACAACUGGAUUAGGCUCAACUACAGGAACCACUGGAACAGGAUUAUUCGGUAGUACUACUGGACUGGGCACCAACACUGGUACUACUGGUACUGGUUUAUUCGGGUCCACAACGGGAUUGGGUUCCACAAGUGCAGGACUUGGAUCAUUUGGAAACCAGUAUGGUGCUUCAAAUCUAUUCGGUGCCACUGGAACCGCAACUCAAUUUAACAAUCAAAUGCAACAGAAUAACCCUAAACUUGGGUGUCUGUACCUUUGGGACUUGAACUCACCCUCACCUGGUUUAUCAAGCUUUUGGUCAAACAACAUGAGUCUCCCACCAGAGGCUAUUGAGUACCUGAACAAGGUUAAUUCCGUUAACAAAGAACCCGCCCAAACACAAAAUAACAACGUUAUGAACAACUUUUAUUCUAAUGACGCCAAGGAUAGAUUUGGGCUGAGAAAAGUUCUCAGCGAUCUUGGAAUUUCAGUUCCCAGAUACUACAUGAAUACACUAAAUACACAUAUCACGACUAACACAGAUAGCACAGAUAAUAUAAAUGAUAAAAGAGUAAAUGAAGAUAAAAGACUUAACGGGGAUAAAGCUGUGGAUUCUGGCACAAAUUCGUUGCAUAAACACUUUGAAAAGAUUAGGUCACUUCAGGAAGAUAAAUGCACUGAAGCUGAUCUACUCAAAUUUUACACCAAAGGAGGAAAGCUCAAAAUACUCAAGGAUACUAAUCAAUUAAAACACAAUUUACAACCCAAUCAUACCACUACCAAUCAUACCAAUAGUGUAACUAACAACGUAACUAAUGACAUGAAAAAUGUAAAUAAUAUGGAUGGACUGGGAUUAGGGAUGUCAGGAGGAUAUUUGGGUACGAAUGGUAAAACGAGACUAGAUCAAAUAUAUUUAUCAAAGGUAGAUGAGAAGUUUGUUGACACUGAAAGUGAUGUAAAAUCUUCAGUGAGUGAAAAGGAGUCAGCGGGAUCGGAAAGUGUAGAGGAUGUAACACCAAGUUCUAGACCUCCGAAGUUAACAAAGGAUGGGUACAGCACGAGACCUACAAUGCAAAGUUUGCAAAAAAUGACCGACACUCAGUUGUCCUCGGUAAUGGACUUCCAGGUUAUCAAGGACGGUUACGGUGAUAUACUUUGGCCAGGAUAUACAGACUUGAGGGGACUUGACCUAGACAAGAUUGUCGACAUCGGAUAUCGCAAAGUGUCUGUGUAUGAGGAUUCUGAUGAGGUAUCACCGGUAGGCACAGGCUUAAACAAGACGGCGCUAAUAACUCUGUACAACUGCACACCCAAGGACUAUGACGAGAGGUCCAUUUCUAAGCAAAUAACUCAGAUUGAGAAGCUGAAGGAAUAUACCGAGUCAAACGGCUGUAAAUUUAUAUCUGCGAACUUCAAAAACGGUAUUUGGAUGUUCGAAACUCCCUAUUUUGUUAACACUUCAGGAAAUCUACCUGAGAAUCCAAAGUUCAUGUCAUUUGAUCAUGAUCGCAGCUAA